UUCCCUGUCCUAUGUUUGUUAAUGUUUUGAGAUUAUGACCGCUUCACUCUUGGGUACUCGAUUUGAACAUUUUUCAGCAUAUUUAAAGGAUGGCAGUCAUUUUUAUCAUUCAACAGCGCGAACAAAAUACACUCCAAAAACUAGCGUUCGUAAAUAUAGUGUAUCCAAUUUAUCUUGUUGCUGUAAAAUUUCUUGAGGUCAUAAAGCAUACAAUAUCUGGAAUAUUUCAUAUUAUAUACGAACAUAUGCGUUAUCCCAUUCGAUGUGUCGUAUCUGACAAUGGGAGUUUGGCUUGUAGUAGCAGGUUUGGCUGUUCACAUUGUAUUCUUCUACUCCAUCUUUGAUAUCUACUUCACCUCUCCCCUUGUUCAUGGCAUGACUCCACACUCCGUUCCAUUAAAACCACCUGCUAAACGAUUGCUACUCUUUGUGGCUGAUGGCCUGAGAGCAGAUAAAUUCUUUGAGCUGGAAGAAGAUGGUUCAAGUAGAGCACCAUUUUUAAGGACCAUAAUAGAACAACGAGGGGCAUGGGGAGUUUCGCAUACCAGAGUGCCAACCGAGUCUAGGCCUGGACAUGUUGCUCUCAUUGCUGGUUUCUAUGAGGAUGUCAGUGCAGUGGCUAAAGGAUGGAAAGAAAAUCCAGUUGAGUUUGACUCAUUGUUCAAUGAGAGCAGAUACACCUGGUCCUGGGGCAGCCCAGAUAUCUUACCAAUGUUCUCUAAAGGUGCAUCUGGUGACCAUGUGUUUAUAGAUAUGUAUCCCUCUGAAAGUGAAGACUUUGCUGGAAGUGACACCUCAAAGCUUGAUACUUGGGUGUUUGACAGAGUCAAGGAUUUUCUCUCAGAAGGACGUAAGAAUGUCACUCUUGGUAACAUGCUUCACCAGGACAAGUUGGUGUUCUUUCUACAUCUGCUAGGCAUAGAUACAAAUGGCCACUCACACAAGCCUUAUUCAAAGGAAUAUUUAGAUAAUAUUCGGAUAGUGGAUUCUGGAAUCCGAGAACUCACCUCCCUUAUUGAAGAGUUCUAUGAGCAUGAUGGAAGAACUGCAUACAUCAUGUCAGCAGACCAUGGCAUGACAGACUGGGGUUCCCAUGGCGCCAGUCACCCAUCUGAAACCUUGACACCCCUUGUAGCUUGGGGGGCAGGGGUAAGAGGGCCAAAUAUGGGGGAAGAUAUUCAAGAGAAACAAGCAUUCCGUGAUACUUUCUCUCAAGAUUGGGACUUAUCACAUAUAUCAAGGAAGGACGUAGAGCAGGCAGAUAUUACAUCUUUGAUGGCUGCCCUUAUAGGCACGUCAUUCCCUGUCAAUUCUGUGGGUGUUCUUCCACUUGACUACAUCAAUGCUUCUGAUGAGUUCAAAGCCCAUGCAAUCUUCACCAAUACUCAACAGAUCCUUGCCCAACUUACUAUUAAAAUGGCAGAGAAACAAGAAACAACACUAUCAUGGCUCUUCAGACCAUAUAAGGCAUUACCAGUAGACAAUCAAAUCCAAUUUGUGAAAUCAAUUCAGAGGAAAAUCCAUGGAAAGGAAUACAGAGAGGCAAUUGAAGACUCUAGGGAAUUAAUUAAACUUGCCUUAGAUGGACUUGAGUAUUACCAUGGUUAUGAUAGACUAUUCCUUGGGGCAAGUAUAGCUAUGGGCUACCUAGGUUGGAUAACGUACAUAUUGACAAUCAUUAUACAGGACUAUACCAAUAUUGUUGCAACAUCAAAAAUUGCCCAAUCUCAAGCAACAUAUCUGAGAUCUGAAGAGGGGAUUAGAACCAUAUUUGCAAUUUUAGGUGCCAUUGUGGCUUUUUUGCUUUAUGUACAAUCACUGCCUUGGACUCAUUAUAUAUACUGCUUACUUCCAAUUAUGCUUUGGAAUGAAGCUUUACUCAAAAUCAAUGUGAUAUCUCAAGUGAAAGAAUCUAUAGAGGGUGUUGGCAAUCUCAUGAUGAUUAUCUUCAAAGUGUUCGUUGCUGUGGCUGGACUUGAAAUAAUUGUGCUCACUUUUUUUUAUCGUGAACUUUUAACUCUUGGACUUGUUGCUAUGGCAAUAUGGCCCAUUAUGACAUCACUUAGAAGUAGCAACAAAAUGGUAGUAGUGUUUUGGAGUGUUUCCUGCUUAUCUGUUGCUGUGUUUCCAAUGCUUCCAGUGGUUGGCAGGGAUACUGAUUACCGACUAGUCUCGCUGGCGGGAUGGACAAUUCUGGCAUUGGGUCUCUAUGCAUUCAGACAAUUGAGUAAAAAUGCGUUUUAUAGCCCAAUCAGAUCAAAUAAACUACAUGUACUAUUUUUUAGUCAGCUAGUCACUUUAGGUGUGGCGAUACUCAUCUUGAAUUCAACCUCCUCCAGCAUUGCAAGCAAACAAGGCCUUCCAUUGCUCAACCAGGGCCUCAGCUGGCUAAUUUUAGUGUUAUCUGUGCUCCAGCCUCUAUUAGGAAGUACACACAUGGUUCCACGGCUACUCAGUCUAGGGGUGUCUCUCAGCGCCCCCUAUAUCCUACUCAGCAUGUCUCAUGAGGCACUGUUCUACUUGUCACUCUGCUGUUUGCUGUAUGCCUGGCUACUAGUGGAAUACAGCAAUACAUCACAUACCAUCAAGGCCAAUGAGCUAGACUUUAGCAAGGGCAGCGUGCUUGGAGAACCUACAAGAAAUCUACACACAGCUGAUCUCAGAGUGGCAUAUUUCUUUGUAUUUUUCAUUUUGACAGCAUUUUUUGGAACAGGAAAUAUAGCCAGCAUUAACAGCUUUGACCCAGUGUCCGUAUACUGCUUCCUAACCAUCUUUAACCCUUUCAUUAUGGGAGCACUCAUGCUUUGGAAGAUUGUGAUUCUAUUCAUACUGGUCACAUGUACAUUCAGCGCUAUACAUGUCAUCCUCAAUGUGCCAACCAAGAGCCUAUUUAUGGUGGUCCUUCUCAUGUCAGACUUCAUGGCACUGCACUUCUUUUUCCUGGUUCGUGAUUCUGGGAGUUGGUUAGAGAUUGGCACAAGUAUCAGCCAUUAUGUGAUCGUCAUGACAAUGAUUAUAUUUCUCAUGUUGUUACUUGGAAUAGCAAAGGUGUUCACAACAUUCCAAUUUACAUGCACUUCAAGGAGGAAAUCUCAUUUUCAAUAAUGUAUUUAGAGAAGUCCCAUCGUCAGUGGAACAGAGAGAGAGGGGGGGGAGGCCAAGGCGGAAAGGGAAAGGUUAAGUGCCAUGAUCAUAAAGACAUUCAACACAUUUGGUAAAGCUGAUACAAUUGAUGAUUGUGCAUAUAAUUUCAAAUUAAUCCCAAUGCUAUGUCAUAUUGAUUACAAAAUUGAACAUAAUCCAUGUGAGCCACUUUAUAGUUUCACCCUUAAAUGUUUAUUUACUCUUAAUUUUAUGUAUUACAGUAAGUUUAAUUUAAAUUAAUCUUUUGCCAUCUUUACAAGAUACAAUGUAUAUGCUAGAUGUUUUUAGGAAAUCAAAUUCAGUGUAUGUAAAGCUAAAAUACAGUAUUGGUAAAGGUUUAAUAACUGAUCUUGAAUGGAUGGGACAGCCAGAUGAGUUUUGUAGUACUUGAUCAAUGAUCAUGUGAAUAGGAUACUCAUGAACAUGUUUCGUUUCCCUGUCUGUCAAUUAGCUCUAUACUGGUGACAAAAUCAAGGUGUUAUAUUAUUCAUAUAACCUUUGGAGCAUUUAUUUUAACUUAGUUUUAUUCUAUCCUCUACAAUGAAAAUGAAGUGGAAUAUGUAUACUGUAUGUGCAGUGUCAUAUAUUUUGCAUUAUUAUAUCAUUGCUAGAAUU